GAAAGCUGCAUCCUACAUUUAACCACUGGGGUCUCGAGGUAUCCUUAAGGCAUCAGAUACGGGCUAACAUUUUCAUGUAUUAAGCAAAAAAAGAGAUUAAGAAUCACAAUGACUUCGAACGUUCCUAAAGAAUAUACGAAUGGUCAUGUCCACCUAGAAGAAUCCGACUUGUACAACUCAGAUGGGAAGCUGUUCCUUACUGAGGCUUUCCAAGUGAUUAUGGAGGACAUACUUCACAAGGGCACUGACAUAAAGGAGAAGGUGUGCGAGUGGAAAGAUCCUGAUCAGCUGAGAACUCUUCUGGACCUGGAGCUCCGAGAACAUGGAGAAUCUCACCAGCAGUUACUGCAAAGGGUCCGGGAUGUGGCGAGAUACAGCGUUAAAACCUGUCAUCCUCAUUUCUUCAAUCAGCUGUUUGCUGGGGUGGACUACCAUGCCCUGACCGGACGACUGCUCGCUGAAACUCUGAACACCAGCCAAUACACCUAUGAAGUGGCUCCGGUGUUUGUCCUAAUGGAGGAGGAAGUACUUUGUAAACUACGCGCUCUGGUUGGAUGGUCAAAAGGAGAUGGUAUAUUCUGUCCUGGGGGUUCUAUGUCCAACAUGUAUGCCAUGAAUGUUGCACGCUACUGGGCCUUCCCCCAAGUGAAGACAAAAGGCCUGUGGGCUGUACCGCGACUGGCCAUAUUUACUUCACAGCAGAGUCAUUACUCCGUGAAAAAGGCAGCUGCUUUUCUUGGUAUCGGGACAGAUAAUGUUUUCCUUGUACAAGUGGAUGAGAGAGGCAGCAUGAUACCAGAAGACCUGGAAGCUAAAAUUUUGCAGGCAAAAUCCCAAGAUGCUGUCCCAUUCUUUGUCAAUGCCACAGCGGGCACAACAGUGCUGGGUGCAUUUGAUCCCCUCAACCGUAUCGCUGACAUAAGCGAAAGAAACGGCAUGUGGAUGCAUGUUGACGCUGCUUGGGGAGGAAGUGUGCUGUUUUCCAAAAAACACAAGCCUCUGGUUUCAGGGAUAGAAAGAGCCAACUCUGUGACUUGGAACCCCCACAAAAUGCUUCUAACUGGCCUGCAGUGCAGUGUGGUUUUGUUACGAGAUAACACGAAUUUGCUGAUGCAUUGUCACAGUGCCAACGCAACUUACUUGUUCCAACAAGACAAGUUUUAUGAUACAAGUCUGGACACAGGAGACAAGUCUAUACAGUGUGGGCGUAAGGUUGACUGUUUGAAACUCUGGUUGAUGUGGAAGGCAAUAGGAGCACAUGGCCUUGCAGAACGUGUGGAAAAGGCCUUUGCCCUUUCGAGGUAUUUAGUUGAAAAAAUGGAGAAACGAGAGAAUUUUCAGCUGGUCUGUAAGGGGCAGUUUGUGAAUGUUUGCUUCUGGUUUAUACCACCAAGUCUGAGAGGAAAGGAGAACAGUGCGGAUUACCUGGAAAGCUUAUCAAAGGUAGCGCCAGUGAUCAAAGAGAGAAUGAUUAAACGUGGGACAAUGAUGGUGGGUUACCAGCCCAUGGAUGGACAUGUCAACUUCUUCCGUAUGGUUGUUGUUUCACCUCAGCUGACCACCAAUGACAUGGAUUUCAUUCUUGAUGAGAUAGAGAGACUAGGAAUGGACCUGUAAUUAGUUUGUCUUUUCACCACAAUAUUGGCUAUAUCCAAUCACAUCACGCCUCUCACCAUACCAUGGUACUUUUAUGUCCACUUUUCAAAUGAGCUUAUUUUUUUUAAAGGUAACAAAAGCUCUCUGAAUUAACAUUUUGACUUGGCAGCACAAAAUACUUACUACAAUGAUAAUGCCAGCAAGAUAACAGGCAUCCAAAGAGGACAAUUCAUCCUUAUUUUUAAUGAGCUAUGUAGGGUAGGAGCAAACAGUAUUUUCUUGGUAGAUUAUAGAGUGCUACCUCUUGUACUUCUAAUGUAUGCAUACUCUGCUAAAUGUUAAUGUCUGUAUAUGUUGUGAAGCGGUUGAUAAAGUGAAUGAAUCUAAUAGAUUCUGGCCUACAUAAGUAUGAAAGUCACUUUAAAGGUGCUAUAAGUAAUUUCAAUCAACUGUUUUGUUCACCAAAAAAUGAAAAUACACUCAUCAUUUACUCACCCUCAUAUAAUUCCAGAUGAGUAUGACUUUCUACUGCAGAACACAAAAGUAAAUUUUUGAAGAAUAUCCCAACUGUGUAGGUCCAUAAAAUGUAACUGAAUGGUGACCAAAACU